UCUGUCAGUGCCAACUAUCGCCUCGUUCUCGGCGGAGCCUUUUAGAUUUUAUCUAUCGCGUUGCUUGAUUAAGUCGUUUUCUAAAACUGUUCUCGUACUGACCUCCCUACAUCCGCCGCGGUAGCUUCUAGUUCUCAAGAAGAAAGGGAGAGAGUGUCGCGAACCUUGGAUCGAUUGUUACCGAUCGAAUAUCCGUUUCUAUAUUUCUUUUGGUUAUCUUUUUCUACUAAAUACGUAAUAACGAAAGGGCAACGGAAGAAAUAAAAAUCCGCACAGUCGACUAUACUUUUGUCUCGGAUCCGUGUUAUUCUUUUUCGUUUGUAUUUUAUCGUCCCCCAUUCGUACGUUGUAGAUACAUACGUCUUUCGUACUCUGUCCUUCAUUCUUCGUUUACUCAUCGUCAAUUACGAAAAAGAAAGAAUGAAAGAAAGAAGACAAAAUAAAAUACAGAACCGAAAUGACUAGUGACAAAGAUAAAUGAGACAAUGAAAAAUUAUGAGAGAUGCAGAUUAGUGAAAAUGGAUAGAAAAGAGAAAACAGUGAUAUCGAAAGUAACGAGUGGCAAUAGACAACGUGUCGAAUAUAAUGAAUGCACCGAUCGAAUCAUCGAUAGUUUGUGGUUCCGAGCGAAUCAGACUAGAGAUAUCGUCCCUCGCUGGUUACGUAAUUUGCUCGAUUCUUGUCCUGAAAUACAACUACAACGAGCGAACAUUUAGACAAGCGUUAUCAUUCUGAAAGGAGAAUGGCUAUAUAUCCGUGGCAGCGAGUCACACGGGGUCCUCAGUAGAAGAUGAUAGAGGACCAGGUGCAUCAACAUCCGGUACGACUACCUCCCGACAAACACGCCCAUAUCGAUGUUACAGGAGCCAAAAUUGAAAAUGAUCAAUGUAAGGAACCUUUGCUUUCCGAGAAACAAACUACCCACAGGGUAACGCCAGUUCGUGCUCGUUCGCGCACUAUCUCAGAAUCAACAGUCGGAAACACGAUCAUGGGCACAACUUCUGCCACAGGCACGAGUAUGGUUGCGGUGACGGCUAUGGGAACGGGCACGAAUACGAAUGCAUGGAUGGACACCGUUGUCGGCGUGAAUACUACCACCGAUCCUACCGACAAAUCCAUCGAGGAAGAUUGCGUCGAGGUACCCAUGUUCGACGAGGGAACCACCGAUAGCGGCCGCCUCCCCGACGUCGUCGCUGAGAGUAAAAUCUACGGCGUUAACGGGGAUGAACCCCUCGAAUCGUACCUAGCGAUCACUAUUCAAGUUUUUAUACCGUUUCUUAUUGCCGGCCUUGGCAUGGUUGGAGCUGGAUUAGUCCUAGAUUUGGUUCAACAUUGGGUCGUGUUUGAGAAAGUGAGCGAACUUAUCAUUCUGGUACCAGCACUGUUGGGUUUGAAAGGAAAUUUGGAAAUGACUCUCGCAUCUCGUCUUUCGACUCAAGCAAAUCUCGGACACAUGGACGCGCCGAAAGAACAGUGGCACAUGAUCGUCGGAAAUCUCGUCUUGAUUCAAUGCCAGGCGAUAGUGGUUGGAUUUCUGGGCUCUGUGGUGGCGAUCGUAAUGGGAGCAUUCCGAAACGGUACCAUCUCGUUGGAUCAUGCAUACCUAUUAUGUGCAAGCAGCCUAGUUACCGCCUCUCUGGCAUCCUUCGUCCUUGGAUUGAUCACCGCAGGUGUGAUUGUUUUCUCCCGUCAUUGUCACAUAAAUCCGGACAACGUCGCGACACCGAUCGCCGCCAGUCUCGGUGACAUCACUUCCUUAGCCCUGCUCUCUUGGAUAUCCACGAUUCUCUACGAAUCGAUAAAUAAACAAGAUUGGGUCGCGCCACUGGUGAUCGCUUGUUACAUCCUUGUCACGCCACUUUGGGUAUGGAUCGCCAAGAGAAACAAGUACACCAACGAUGUCCUUUACUUCGGAUGGACUCCUGUAAUGAUCGCUAUGUUGAUCAGCAGUUGCGGUGGUCUAAUACUCGAAUUCAUGGUGUCGCGAUUCGAAAACCUGACCGUUUUCCAACCGGUGAUCAACGGUGUCGGUGGAAAUUUGGUAGCUGUGCAAGCAAGCAGGAUAUCGACGGCCCUUCAUAAGCAAGCUGAACUGGGAACGCUUCUAAUUCCACCGGGUCACACACAUCCUGUUAUCUUCAUUACGCCUAUCGCUAACUUUUUUGGCAAAGGUAUGCACGCGAGAACAACAAGAGUCCUAAUGGCGAUGGUUAUACCAGGUCACAUCAUUUUCAUUUACCUGAUCAAUUAUAUGAAGGACGGCAACACUUCGUUAACGCCGCUCUUCGUUUUUGUUUACUUGUGUGCCUCCACGCUGCAGGUUGCUGCUCUCCUGUACAUUGCUUACAUAAUGAUACAUUGGAUGUGGAAGCGAAAAAUCGAUCCCGAUAAUUCAGCAAUUCCGUACUUGACGGCAAUGGGGGACCUAUUAGGCAUCAGUUUAUUGGCAAUCGCUUUCCAAUUCCUCUAUCUCGUUGGAGAUCAGGAUUCUGAUCAGACG